CGAGGCUGUGCCGUGCUGCGGCGGCCGCUCCCGGGGCUGCGGGGGGCGGCUGCACGCCGGGGGCUGCGCCUCCGGCCGCCGGCGGGGGCGGCGGGCAGGGCACGUCCCUUGCUUGGCUUUUCCUGCAGCCGUUUCCCGUUUCGUCCUGCUGCACGCAGAGAGAUGCAACAGCGGCAGCCCGGUCCCCGAGGGAAGGACGGGGCUCGGAGGGAAAACUCUAAAAGGAGAGAGGAGGGACUGCAAGGCUGCAAGGAUUGAGAAGUAAGAAAACUGGAGAGCAGGCAUUGGCUUGUGCUUGGCUGAAGCAGUCUCCCAGCCCUGCUACCUGAGGUGUCAAAGAAGAGGUGAUCAUGGUUGCUCCCGUCCAGCCGGUAUGGAGUCAGUGGAUGAAGCUGAAGGACGGCAAGGAGAGCUGAGCAGGAAGGAGCAGAGCCUGAAAGCCUCCCACAAAACAGCAGUGCUCGGCUGGCCGCCCCGGUGGAAUGGAUUAACACCCGGAGACAGCAUGUAUCUGUUCGUCCUCUCACAGAUACUGCUUCUCUGCAUGAUGCUGUGGUACAGCACUUAUGGGACCAUCCCAGCAGCUCAGAAUGCCUUCGACCUGCUCUCUUACUUGCUUACCCCAUUUAAACAAGUUUUUUCAGAUCAAGGGGAGAGCCUGACUACAGUUGGGAGUGUUGUGGUCUCAUACAUCCUGCUGUCUUUGGCUUCUCUAGGACUGCUAUUUGUAGGAUCUCUGUUUUGGCACCUGCUCAGAGCCCAACCAGACCCCUCCUUUCCACUGCAAGAGGACAGACGCCAGUCUGUGAGCCGGCAGCCUUCCUUCACGUACUCAGAAUGGACAGAGGAUAAAAAUGAGGAUGACUUCCUAGAUUUGGAUCCUGUACCAGAGACUCCAGUCUUUGACUGCGUUAUGGACAUUAAAGCGGAGACAGACCCAGCUACUCUGACGGUUAAAUCUGUGGGCUUGCAAGAAAGGAGAGGUUCAAAUGUUUCACUCACACUGGAUAUGUGCACCCCUGGCUGCUCUGAGCAAGGCUUUGGCUAUGUCAUGUCCCCACGGGAGCAGUCAGCCCGAGAAUACCUCCAGACAGCAUCGAACAUCCUGACUGAAGAGGAGCUGCACAAGAAAGCACUGGAUCCUUUCAUACUCCAGGCAGAGUUCUUUGAAAUUCCAAUGAACUUUGUUGACCCAAAGGAAUAUGAUAUUCCAGGCUUAGUGCGUAAGAAUCGCUACAAAACAAUUCUCCCAAAUCCUCACAGCAGAGUGUGCCUUACCUCAGCUGAUCAGGACGACCCCCUCAGCUCUUACAUCAAUGCUAACUACAUCAGGGGCUAUGGAGGAGAGGAAAAGGUAUAUAUUGCUACUCAGGGACCGAUAGUUAAUACUGUCAGUGACUUCUGGAGAAUGGUGUGGCAGGAGCGUUCUCCCAUCAUUGUCAUGAUUACCAAUAUAGAAGAGAUGAAUGAGAAAUGCACAGAAUAUUGGCCAGAGGAACAGGUCACCUAUGAAGGAAUAGAAAUCACAGUUAACAGAGUCAUACAAGCAGACGAUUACCGUUUAAGGCUCAUCACCCUAAAGAAAGGAGAAGAAGUCAGAAACCUGAAACAUUACUGGUACACAUCUUGGCCAGACCAGAAGACACCAGACCAGGCUCCUCCUCUGUUACAGCUAGUGCUGGAAGUGGAAGAGGCCAUGCAGAGUGCAGAGGAGAAGAAUGCCCCAGUGAUUGUUCACUGCAGUGCAGGCAUCGGGAGGACUGGCUGCUUUAUUGCCACAAGUGUCUGCUGCAAGCAGCUGAAGAACGAGGGCAUAGUUGACAUUUUGCGAACGGCCUGCCAGUUAAGGCUAGACAGGGGAGGAAUGAUCCAGACUUGUGAACAAUAUCAAUUUGUGCAUCAUGUCAUGAGCUUGUAUGGAAAACAGCUUUCUAGAGCAGCAGAAGAAUAAGUGUUCAUGAUAUUCCCAAAGGCUAAAGCCAGGAGAACUUUUGACUGUGCUCAGAUAUAUUUCAGAUCUGAUAAGAGACACACGGUAACCUGGCUGUCUUAGCUGGAAAGAUAUUAUUUUACUUUGAUAUUGCUUUUAUGCUCUUGUUUGCAUUGACAUUUAAGAGCUGAGGUACGCCUUGUCUUAAACAUAUGUGACAGGACAUAAUCUUCACCAAAAAAGGCUUAUUUAUACUGUAAAUAAUAAUAGUAGCUUCAUUUGUUACAAAAGCAAAGGAAAAAAAACAGAAAAAAUUUCACUGUCUUCAGUUUGCUAUUUUUUAAAAGGUCAUUGCUAAUAUAUCCAAAUACAGUGUGAAACUUUUUGAAUUGUCAUGCUGAAAUGUGCCGUAUGUUGACUAAGCUUGAAAGUAAAUUUUUGCCUCUUUCUGAUUGUUUUUACAUAUAAAAUUACCGAAUACUGUGUGUAUCGUAAACCUUCUGAGCCUCUGCAUCGAAAGCCUCAAGUAGAUUCGCAUUGAAAUGAUGUUUCACACAUCAUGUUCGCUUGUUUAUUUUUCUAAAGCACUCCACUACCAGUGUUAUCAGAACUAAGGGGGGAACAAUAUUUCAACAACAUGAGUCAAAUUCUUGCCUCGAAUUCUUACCAGCAGUGUACCCCAGUAUCAUGACAGUGGGGUGAAUCUGAGUAGACAUUAAACUGAACAUAAAUGCUUCGUGCUUUACCUUUUCUUUGUCAAUAUUUGGGCAUCUUAGUCAUCUGGCAAACAGAUUGUAUUUCUGCAAAUAGUUUCUACUUUUACAUAGAAUACAAUUUCUUCUGAAAUCUGAGAUUCAAAAUCAGGUGAGGAAUUUUUUUAGUUUAUCUUUAUUAAAAAUCUAAUAAUAAAAUAAUUUUUAUUCUAUGAAUUUAUAAUUGCUUCAAAGCUUUGAGGGUAACCAUGUGUCCAGUGCCUAUUAAAAUUAAUGCAAAUCCUAAAGGCAGCUUAAAAAAAAAUCAGUGUGAACUUGUUGGCUGCUUUGUGAUAUAUUUGCCCUCAAACCAAAUUUAGACAAUAAUUAGCCCAUUUUAACCACUGUUCCAGGCAACAGUGUUUCCUUUCCAAUGAUACAGGCUAUGCUUUUUGGUUUAGACUUCAAUCGGGCUGGGAAGAUUGUGGUUUGUGUUUAAUGCUUAGAGGUGAGCACACAUUUUAGUGCUUCACUGAGUAGAGAAAAAUGGAGGUACGCAGGAUCCUUAACAUGAAAGAUGAGUGUUUGGUGAAUGGAAGCUCUGAUGACCUACUAAAAAUAUAUUUGCUUCCCUUUAUUUGUAACAAUAACCAAAACCCACUGCUUCUAUCAGUGCAGAAGAUUCUGCGAAUUUACUGCACUUCCUAAUCAGGAGAAGGUAAAGCAGCUCUCAGAACAAUAAGGGCUGAUCCUGCUCCCACUGAUGUUUUGCCAUUGACGUCAGCAGGUGCAGGGUAAGGCCUGAAAUGUUACGCCUACAACUUCAUCACUGUGGGGAAAAAGUUUCCCAAUAUUUCAGUACACAUCUUUGUGUUUAUUCUGUAUCCAUGAACCUGUAAAAAUCCUGUCUGCAGGGUUUGCAUGAAAGUGUGGCAAAAUGUGUUAUCUUUAAACCACUUGAUUUUAUUGCUGUAUUUAAAAUAUUUCCUUCAGUGAGAAGCUAGCAGAAAGAACUGGCAUUCUUUUUUAAAAUACUGGUGAUAGUCAUUAAAGAGAGCAAUAAACAAGCUUUUGAGCAUAA